AUGACUACUGCGUCCUGCUCGCAGAUGCGCCAGAACUACCACCGGGACUCACAGGCCACCAUCAACCGCCAGAUCAACCUGGAGCUCUGUGCCUCCUGUGUUUACCUGUCCAUGUCUUACUACUUUGACUGCGAUGAUGUGGCUUUGAAGAAAUUUGCCAAGUACUUUCUUCACCAGUCUCAUGAGGAGAGGGAACAUGCCGAGAACCUGAGGAAGCUGCAGAACCAAGGAGGUGGCCACAUCUUCCUUCGGGAUAUCCAGAAACCAGACCAUGAUGACUGGGAGAGCAGGCUGAAUGCCAUAGAGUGUGCAUUACAUUUGGAAAAAAAAUGUGAAUCAGUCACUACUGCACCUGCACAAACUGGCAACUGACAAAAAUGACCCUCAUUUCUGUGACUUAAUUGAGACACAUUACCUGAAUGAGCAGGUGAAAUCCAUCAAAGAAUUGGGUGACCACAUGA